UGGACUGUGAAAGCAUUGUCUGCCUCGCCCGCUCCAACCAAUGGCCCAUAACUAAGUUGUGAAACUCAGGUGUGAUCCGCACUGGCUAAGCCCUCGUGUUGUUUGUGUCCUAAACACUACACUCACGAACUAGCGACCACCAACGGAAUACUAUGUAUGGCAGGAGUGCACGGGAGGCCCCGAGACCACGGUGCUGUCAAUCGCGCGAUUUGCUCACCAUCAUGGCGUUUCCGCAGCAGCUCAACUUGGAGCUGAUUGACACUGCCCCAGUAUUCACAGCACAUCUGUGCCCCGCUCUGUCCUAGAGCUAACGACCCUAUUGUCAGCAGUGACCCUGGCCUUCUUGUCUUCAUGGCACAGGCAAACUGGUUAUCAUCUGAUGUGCUGAGUAAGAAGUGUCAGUCGAUUGUCUGAACUAGGACGGAAGCAACGCAUCAGAAGGUGGUAAUAUCCCUAUAGUCUAUACCAGCCGGACAUUUCUUCACUUUUAUUCACAUCCGUGUAUGGGACAUGGUCUAAAUGUCUCCCUUUCGUCAAUCAGCUCCGAGUCUGAAGAUGUAUUUUAGCCUAGUAGCAGUGCUGGUGGUGCUAGUAGCUACUGAUCAGCUUGUAGUGUGUGAUGCCACUGUCGCGGAUACCGCAGAUACAGCUCAAUGUGCAAGUGCGAGAAGACACCUUGAUCUGGUGGAGGUCGACAUUGCUCAGGGACAAGACCAACAACAGCGUGACCAGUACCGUGUGAAGAUUCCUAGCAGAAUAUGCCUGGAUGGAGGAGGUGAAGUCGCCAGCAAGUGCUGUUCAGGCACAGACGCAGCAAGGUUGUUCACCAGAGCAAAGCAGUUUGUUCGCGAGUCACUGAAACAACAGGUUUCUGGACUUGUGCGCAGCACAAAGAUCUUAUCCAGAAGCUUGGACGAUGCUGUUUGCCACAAGCUGCACAAUAGCCACCAGCACGCAUUUCACCUGCUCACCAAAGUAUUUGGCCGUGGCUUCAGACGCAAUGCUGACGUGUUCAAUGAGUUCUAUUGCUGGCUGAAGCAGACCUAUGAUGACUGUACUGGGUGUGAACAGGCAGUGGAGCGUGAGGUCCUGCAGUACUUCAAAGUCUUCCAGCUGCUUAUUGUCAAGGAGCACCAGAACAUAUUGUCACUCAACCGGGAAUUCACGGACUGUACUAGGAAACACGCUGAUUUCACCUGGUUUCAAGAACUCAAUGUCACAUUCCAUCAUAUGCUGAGCAGUGUGAAAAGGGCUGUCUGCAAUACUUGUAUAGUAAAGAACGGUCUGAAGUCAGCUAGGCACCUAAUCCAUGAGAUCCAACAGAUGGAGCCACCUCGGCAGUGUGUGGAGCAGGUGGCCUGCAUGCAGAGCUGUGUGUGCUGCAGUGGCGGCGGCGGAAACGCAUCGGAGUGCACGACAAUGCUGCCAUGUCGUUCAUGUUGUCACAAGGUAAUGUCAGCAUGUACUGAGCAUCUGACGGACGUACAGACAACGAUGGGCGAUCUCUCCAGCAAGUUGAAAAAGUGGAUAUCUUUCAUGCAAGGCAGUAACUCACCAGAUCAUCACUUUGAACGCAUUGGCAGUCUUCUGGCAGACUUCACCCACUACAGCAGCAUUGGCGAGCAAGGUCUACAAGACCAGAUUGAAGAGCAUUGUGGAUCCUUCUUGCAAGCUGCGAAGAGCACUGGUGCAUCCCGGAACCGUCCGUUCACCUGCUUGACUUGCCGCUCGGUGCGCCCGGCUGAGCCAAUUCACAGAUCCCUGAGAAAGAUUGUGAUCGAUUUCCCCCGUGCUAUUACAGCCACGGAGCACAUGCAGCAUAGAUCCUGUAUUCACCACUCCGCCAAGCGCAGUGAGCCAUGCCGUGAGUGCCCAACAUGCCACAAAGAAGUGAGGAAGUUUGAUGGGAACAACCUCGGCACUGUUGGUGUAGACAUGCGCCGAGUACUGGUUCAGCAGUUGCGACCAAUGAUUGUGUUCCAGAACAGCAAUCCGGAACUCUACGCGGUUCGCAAUAAUCAGCGGCUGGCCAGGAUGCCCGCUACAGAUGCUGGUGUGGCCGGCAUAGAUGCGGCACCGCAAUCUCGUGACACCUUAGCCUACGGUUGUGACGAUGAAGAUGAAGACUGCAAUGCAUCCAGUGGCAGUGGCAGUGGCAACAAUGAAGUAAGCACAGAUCGUGAAGUAAGGACAGAUCGUAGCGAACCACCAUCUACGUCACUUGUCGUGUCCGAUAUCAACACACUAAAAGCCGUGGACAGCAGGAAAGUUGCAGUGGCACCAGCAGCUCAUUCGGCUACUGUAUCUGUUUUCUCAAUCGUGAGCAAUGGGUUGCUUGCUCUAUCACUGAGCUUAGCAUGUCUAAGCCAAAAGUUGGAUUGACCCAACUGGAUGCACCAGCCAUAAUGAACAACAGCACUUCGUUCCACUAUAGUAUUGAGCAGUCCGGCCCACUGGGCCGUUGCAAUGUUUGUAAAAAUAAUGAAAGCAGAAAGAAUUUUAUUUAUUGAUCACAGUCAUUUCUACUAUGACAUAAUUAUUAUUGUACCAACAGCAGUAUGCGUGUAUAAAUACACAGGUACCACAGGCUGUAUGGUCUCCUGCGUGCUAUAGCUAACUGAACUGAAAGCGUUCAUAAAUGCACAAUGCAAUGCUGGAAGUUCAGUUCUGCUGUUUUGCUUUGACUCUUGAAGAAGAGCCUUGAGAGCGUUGAGUAAAUUGUAACAUUUUGUCUAAGCCAGUUUUGAGCAGUACGAAUAAUUGUAUUAACCGCGCAUUUGAUUUGACGAAAUUGAUAACUUUCCCCGUUUUCAACCCCCUCAACCUUAUAAACUUGUUAUAAUUUUUCA